AUGGACCCAAACGCUCCCUUGGCGCCGUUACCUCCAUUUGUUGAACGGCAUUUGCGGGAAGACCGAUCGCUGUUUGAACCAGCGUUACCUGCCAUCCAAGCGUUUGACAGGGCGUUUCAGCUGAAAGAAGCUGCAAAGGCCAAGGAUAACAAGAAGAAGUCGUUUUGGAGCGAUAUCAAAGUCGAUGCGAAAGUGGCUGCAGAGAGUGGGACCGAAAUAUCUGCGAUUCCGGCGGAGGCCAGCGACGGCGGUGGGGAUGAUGAUGGCGACUUGGACUUGGAUGAAUUGCUGGGCGAAGACGUGACGGCGGUCGGGUCGAUGAACCCUAUUUCAGACUUUGAAGCACUUCUUUCCACCAAACAGUUGGCCAAAUCACAGCUCGGUAGGAUCAAUUCCAAUCCGGUUUUGGGGAUGGAGCAGCAAAUCUUGGGAUUUUUUCGUCAAGACGCGGUGGGGUACCAUUCCAAGGGUCUCGAGUGCUUGCGUUACUUUCGCCGGCGAAGCCCAGAGAUUCACCGGACGACGUUGUUCAACGAGUUUUUGCACCGGUUGAAAAGUGAGUUUGCUCCAGGGAACGCUCCUGUAUGGCAGCUGCUUGUCCAGCAUCACGUCACACUUUUGAGUACGCGUGACGACCCGUCAUGCGACAUAAGCCCCCAAGCGGCCGAGGGCUUUUUGCUGCCAGAAGACCAAGUCAAGCAGGAAGUCGCCGCCGCUGCCCCUGCCGCCGCCGAAGACGACGAACUGGAUCUAUUUGCAGACCUGGAGUAGAGAAUGCAUUGAACGCCUGCUUCCGAGCUCGACGAGUUUUACAACAUGGAGUGCAUGGAAAACAGGGGUAGUGCUGUAAAAAGAUCCUGUUGCGACGCUAAAUAAAAUGCACGGGUUGUGCGCACCUCAGAGGUCGA